GUCUCCUCGCUCUGCGCCAGUCCGCGCGUUGCUGCAAGCGGCGCAUCCAGGCAGCUACGUCGGAAGUGCAAAGCGUGACAGCAUUUUGCAUUUAUCCGAGAAGGAGGGGCUUCCUUCCUUCCUUCCUUCCUAGCCGGCUUGGUCCUCUUUCCGCCAUGCCCAAAGUGGUGUCCCGCUCCUUGGCUUGCUCGGAUACGCGCGACCGCGAGGAGUACGGCGAGGGCGAGAAGCCCUUGCACGUCUAUUACUGCCUGUGCGGGCAGAUGGUGCUGGUGUUGGACUGCCCGCUGGAGAAGCUGCCCAUGAGGCCCCGGGACCGGGCGCGGGUGAUCGACGCCGCCAAGCACGUCUACAAGCUCUGCAACACCGAGGACGAGCGCGAGUGCGCCUAUCUCCGCCGGGACGGAGGCGGCGUCGAGCGGCAGUGCAGGAAGAAGUGCGCGCAGUGCGGGCUGCUCCUCUUCUACCGGCACCAGCCCGACGGCGCGCCGGCCACCUUCGUCGCCGACGGCGCCCUGGUCGAGUUCGGGCAGGGUUGGGCCCAGAAGCAACAGCAGCAGCCGCCGCAGCCUCCUCCCGAGAAAGUGAUGGUGACCCGCCGGACGAAGGACAUGGGCAAGUGCGGCUCGGUCACCGUCUCCACCGUCGACGAGGAGGAGGAGGAGAUCCAGGCGAGGGAAGUGGCCGAUUCGUACGCGCAGAACGCGCGGGUGAUCCAGACGCAGCUGCGGAGGAAGGGCGCUUGCAAGAGGCGGCUGCAGGAACUGGCCGAGCUGGGAGGCAAGAAGGCCAAAGGGAAAGGGACUCUGAUCGACAAGCAGUUCAAAUAAGAAACGUCCAGAGAGAGUGAUGUGUCGUUUCUUAGGGGGAAUCAUGGACCCCACCGCUGUGUCCUUUUUUAUUUGCCCUGUCAAAUCCUCUUCUCUUAGGGAUGUUGCCUUUCACUCUGGGGAGGGUUGUGUGAGCCAUGUGUCUUAUGAAAAGUUUUCCAGAACCUUUUUUUUUUUUUUUUUGCAUUUCUAGGAAGCACCGCAGCCUUAAUUUCCUAGUAAAAGCAAAGCAACCUUCUCCCAAGGGCGAGCAGAGAGGCGUUAGUCUGCCUCUGUUGUGCUGAGUUAUGUUUUUGUUUUGUAUCUUCACAUGUAUAUAGAAAUUGCCAUAUUACUGGCAAUAUGUAAAGUUUGUAUUGAUGAGGUAGAAGCAAAGUGUACAGAAAAAUAGAUCUUUAAUAAGUUGUUUUUAUGUGGUCUGUCAUUUCCAGCCCAUCCCCAUCGCCUUUGGCAAGAAGUUAAAUUUCUUUGUUACACAUGCACCCCAUAUUUGCUCCGGAAGAUCGGAGAGGGUUAUUGUGGGGCUCCAAAGCAGUAUUCUGUCAUCGAGAUACUAAAGGCCUAACUACAGGUGACGUUAAAUGUGACUCAGCAUCUUACAUGCAGGUUUUUAAAAAAGCAUGGUGAGGGGAUCUAACCUUUUCCUCACAUGAUAUUUGCUCGUGAGUUGGGGGGGGAGGCAAUGCCUCCUCAUCCAAAUAAAAUAAAAAGUGAUUGAAGGAGUAGAAUAUAAAAGUACACAAAUUGCACCCAUAACCACCCCAGAGAUUUAACAAAGUAAGUUUGGGUGGGUCGUUACAAUAUCACUUUUACAUAUUUUAGUGAUCUCCCUAUAUAAGAUCUCUAGAUGUUGUUCUAGAAUUCUGCACUGCUGUGCAAUGCUAUUUAGGUGCAAUUUUUAAUGAGCAUUCCCUUAUACAUGUGGAUACUAGUUUAAUUUUUUAGUGGAUACUAGUUUAUAAGGUUUAGAUAGCCAUUAAUCAUUCUACUUAUUUGCAUAUGUUUUUUCCAGUGACAUUUCUGGGAAAGUGCGUGAUAAUUACGAAACGUUCAUGUACGUUGCUGCCACACUGAAAAUACAUGAAUGUUGGAAAUUCAUAGAUUGCUGUAAUUUGCCUCCAUCAUGUAAUUGGAAAGGUGGGUUUUCUGAUUAAGAAAAUAAUUCUUUAAAAAAACUAUACAGGUUGUAAAGUAAACCCAGUGUAAAAUCAGUGUUUGAGCCAAUGCAUAUUGACAUCUCAAGCCUAUGGAUGCACCAUGAAGCUUCUGAGUCCCCCCCCCCCUCCGGUCAUUAAAUGAUGAGAGUGGCUACCUUUUUCUCCCUUUAACAGUACAUAGAGCUAAAGGAAGAGGUUGGAAGAAUGAUGUUCUUUCCCUUUUACUUCUGUGUGCUUUCCAAGGCUGAGAUUAAUACAACUGGAUUUUAUAGAGAUCCUUUGGAAAAAAACCGAAAUGUCUGUGCUGUGUUUUUUCUGUCUCUCUUGGGAGGGGUAAGGUAAAGGUAAAGGGAUCCCUGACCAUUAGGUCCAGUUGUGACCGACUCUGGGGUUGCGGCACUCAUCCUGCUUUAUUGGCUGAGGGAGCUGGCAUACAGCUUCCAGGUCAUGCGGCCAGC